AUGAGCGAGAAAUUCCCCCCUCGCCUGUCGCAUCCCGAGCAGGGUCGCGACGCCGCGGAAUACGAGUCCGCGCCUUUCAUCUACAACCAGCCGGAGCCAGGAUAUGUCCAGCAGCCAUCAUUUGGGUUUCACGCUAAUAUGGAGCCUAUCCCUGGCGAUGUCCGUCUAGGGUCCAACCCGGGGGAGCGGUCACUGAAUGCCAAAGUGCCCAUCCCCCGGUUUGCCUAUCCCAGUGCCUCCACGGCCAGCGGGCGCACUAGUCGAGCCUGCGAGAACUGUCGGGAGCAAAAGGCCAAGUGCACUGGAACCCAGCCCUCCUGUCAACGCUGUCUGGACAACGGCAUCAAGUGUUCCUAUGGCGAUCGGAAGCGGGAAAGGAUGCUCAAGUGCGUUGAUAACCCCUCCAACACCUGUCGAGUGGAGUUCAUUCCGGUCAUUCAACUAACUGAAAGCGUUAGAGAGCUCAAGGAUCUCACGGCGCAGGUUCAGGUGUAUGAAGGGCUGGUGCGAGACUUGUAUCCACGCCUAGACUCUUCGUCGGCCCAGCAUGUUGAUCAGAUGCUUGCCGGCCAAUUAGUCAGGUCCCCAGGGGCCUUGGGGUCUCGUUCCAACACUGGGAGGUUAGGAAAUCCGAUGGCCACUAUGGACCACACUGAGGAGGACUUUAACCGCGACGAAGCAUCUCAAGCAACGGGGUUUGUGGGGGAGCACUCCGAGAUGGCGUGGUUAUACAGGCUCAAACGCGAUCUCGACCAGGACACCUCGACCCCCGUUGGCGAAAGCCCCGAUCGCAUCUCGAUUUCAUCCCUCAACUAUUUCCAGGACGAUACCAACAUCGCCGGACCCGACGGUAUUGACUUGAUGGUCCGGCCACCUCAGCAGAUGGCGGAUCGGCUUGUUGAUGACUACUUUCAAACCGUUCACCCUGAAUUUCCCAUCAUCGGCAAGGAGCUCUUUCUCAGCCAGUACCGAUCUUUUUACUCGAAUUCCAACGUGCGACCCGGAAAGCGAUGGACGGCCGUGCUCAACCUCAUAUUUGCCAUUGCUGCCAGACAUUCACAUCUGUCCCAAAACCAACAAAUCCAAGGAAACACUGCUGAUCAUCUGGCGUACUUUACUCGGGCCUGGCGGCUGAGCAUAGGCAAUGUUGCGUUAUUGGAUCAUCCCAAUCUCCAGCAGGUUCAAGUGGAAGGACUCGCAGCUUUCUACCUCCUAUCAACGGGACAGGUCAAUAGGUCGUGGCGGAUUAUCGGCAUCGCGAUUCGGUCAGCCGUGGCGAUGGGUCUGAAUCUCCGCAGCGAAAGUGGCAGCGUUGCUCAUAUGUCCAAGGAGACACGGUAUCGCGUCUGGUGGGCGUUGUUCAUGCUGGAUGCCGUAUUGUGUGUGAUGACAGGGCGGCCUCCCAGUACCGGCGACGAUUUCUGCACCACCCCGCUUCCAGUCCCCUAUCGAGAAGAAGACUUCCGGGAUGAAGGAGUCGCACAAAUCAUCACCGAUCACAAAUCGCGAUUUGCUCUGUUGACGUCUCUGCUCUCUACCGUCGAUCUAUCCUCCCCUGGAGCCUCGGAGGCCCCCUCAACAAUCUCCACAUCGAGAACAGCGCCCGAACGUCAACCGCUGAUACAAACUCCUUCUCCAAACAUCUCCCUAUACUUCCUCUAUAUGGUAGAUUUGGCAUUUCUAAUGCGAGAAGUCAUCGAGACGCUGUACGCGCCCGGGUCAAAACGGCGCUCUUGGCUGGAAAUGGAACUGGCCAUCUCAAACUUCAACACCUGCGCAGACAACUGGGUCUCUCGCCUACCCGCGGAAUUCCAAAUUGGAGACCUAGAUCCAAACCGACCAUUUGCUCGCCAACGAGCCAGCCUCGGCUUCCGCUUUUAUACCACGAAACUCGUCCUUACACAGCCCUGCCUACGCCGCAUCGCUUAUCAAACACCCAAUACACCCCCGUCUGGCAUCGUCUGCGACUCGAUGGCCACAAUCUGCGUUGAUGCCGCGCGGCAGAUGCUUGAUAUUCUUCCCGAGGAGCCGGACGUCGAUUGGUUAUACGGAGUUUUGCCGUGGUGGUGUGUGCUUCACUAUGUUAUGCAAUCGAUCACGGUUCUGCUCGUCGAGCUUUUCACCCGUGCCCCACCGCGUACGCCAGAGAUUGUUGUCCUGGUCGAGAAGGUGCAGAAGGCUAUUCGUUGGCUUCGCGCCAUGUCUGCCCGCGAUGCUUCCUCAAAGCGAGCUUGGCUUGUCUGUACGGAUCUUCUCUCACGACAUGCAUUAAAGCUGUCAUUGAAAGUUGACAUCGAGAUAUAG